AUGGAGAUCUUGCAAGUCACCAAAGACGGAGCUCCAUCAGCUGAGGGCCACAGUGUAGGUUUGGGCUUGCAUGCUACAUCAUGCCAGGGCCAGCCUGAUGAAAGUGGGGCAAAGAAUAGAUUCCUAGUUAUGACUGCUGAAUGCUGUGAGCAGCAUUGUAAAGCUGCUGUACACGAAGCCAAGGAAGAUGCUGCUCAGUCCUCUCUCUCCCUCCUUGCUGUGUCAUCAUUGUCCCCAGAAAUUACGACAAUGGGUCAUUUCACCUGCUCCAACUUUUCAAAGGGAGAGAAGGAGACUGCCCCCCAAAAUGCCUGUUGCUGUGAAUCAGAGACGUCUUUCACCUGUGUGGAUGAAAACACCAACCACCUAAAUCACCCAGGGAGUCUUGUACAUCGUAACUGUUGCCAAGACCAGGAGUUCCUUCUCCACCCUGAGCCUGACACAGAAAUGCCUCCAGAAUGGCCCCACGAUCCAUCUUCCUGCAUUUCCGAGGAAGAAGAUGAUGCUGGCUCCGAAGCUGCUGGUGGAAAAUCUAUUGAUUACAGCUUUAUCAGUGCCAUCUUGUUCUUGGUCCUUGGGAUUUUGUUGGUGAUUGUUUCCUACGUGGUGCCCAGAGAUGUAACUGUGGAUCCCAGCACAGUGGCAGCACGAGAGAUGGAGCGCCUAGAGAAGAAGAGUGCCCGGAUUGGGGCUCACCUAGAUCGGUGUGUAAUUGCUGGGCUUUGUCUGUUGACCUUGGGAGGUGUUGUGUUGUCUAGUUUACUGAUGCUCCAAAUGUGGAAAGGAGAACUCUACAGGAGGAACCGAUUUGCAGCUUCCAAGGAGUCGGCCAAACUGUAUGGAUCUUUCAAUUUCCGAGUGAAAUCCUCUACAAGUGAUAAUAUGGAGUUAUCACUCGUGGAAGAGGAAGCUCUUGCUGUAACAAGUUAG